CCAAAAGAUGUUAAUAAGAUACGAUCGACGCGCUGUCCAGAAGUGAGUUGCACGGGUUUUACUCAGUGAAUCCUGUCGGAAAACAUGCUAAUUUGAUGCCAGUUUUUAAGGUCUGACUAUAGAAGUGGAAUAUUUUUUGGAUUGAAUUAAAAGCAGCGACGAUUCAUUUGUCUUCGCGCCCCUCUUUUUUUGCGCAUCAGAGGGUCUCCACGCACUUUUAAUCGCGUCUCGGCAGUGCAUUUAAAACGUUUCAUUGCUGUUCUUAAUUACUGUUGGGUAUGAUGCCAGUACAAAGACUCGCCGAACAAACACGGACACAUCGGUGGGACAGUUUCAGGUAGAUUUGACCCGUUUGUGGAUGUAAAUCCCUGGAUGAUGCUCUCAAUGCAAAAUAACGUCUUCUUGUUCCUUAUUAUCCUCGAUACAACCCUCACACCUCUGCAACGAAGGGUGGAUGGCAACCCUUUAGUGAUGGAUCCCAAUAGUAUCUGCCGUAGAACUAGAACAUUGGUAGGCAGACAUGCCGAUAUGUGCCAGUCUCAGCCUGAGAUAAUUCAAGAAGUGGCAAAAGGUGCCCGGUUGGGAAUGCGAGAAUGCCAGCAUCAGUUCCACAGCCGUCGAUGGAACUGCACCAGUCAGAGCAGAAACCUGGCCAAGAUCCUGCAACAAGAUAUCCGGGAAACUGCAUUUGUGUAUGCUAUCACAGCUGCAGGGGUGCUGCAUGCAGUAACACAAGCCUGCAGCCAGGGAGCGCUGCCACAGUGUGGCUGUGUGACCCUUCAGAGUUCCUCUGAAACUUCCCACGACUCUCCGACAGAGGAGGUACUCAUCCAGGUUUCACCAGUCAAAGAUGGGCACUGGGAAUGGGGGGGCUGUGGAGAGGAUGUUGACUUUGGCUACGAGAAGUCUCGUCAGUUCAUGGACACCAGACAGCGAAAAGGCAAGAGUGACAUCAGGACCCUCAUUGACCUGCACAACAAUGAGGCAGGAAGACAGGCCAUACGGAUACAAAUGCGGACCGAGUGUAAAUGUCAUGGCCUUUCUGGGUCCUGCACUCUUCGUAGCUGCUGGAGGAAGAUGCCUCUCUUCCGUCAGGUCGGUGACUACCUCUUGCAAAGCUUUCAUAAGGCUGUCCGCGUGAUGGGUGGGAAUGAUGGUAAAUCGCUUGUCCCCAUCGAUCCGGAUACCCCUACCCUGGAUGCUAACGUUCUUAUCUAUUCAGCUGAGUCACCUGAUUUCUGCCAGGCCAAUCAAAGGACAGGUACAGAAGGCACACAGGGUCGAGUGUGUAACAGCACAGAGACAGGGCAUGGGGGCUGUGAUAGCCUGUGCUGCGGUAAAGGAUUUGCAGAUUACACACUGGAAUAUGAGGAAAACUGUCAGUGUCGAUUUCACUGGUGCUGUGAGGUUCAGUGCCAGAGAUGUUCUGUGAGAAAGGAUUUCAGCCUUUGCUUGUGAAGUCCACUCAAGGAGUUAAAAAACAGAAUUGCUUCUGCAGUAGUUGUGUUUGAGCUGGAAGGGCACAAUUGUUUUCUCUCCUAUGCAUACUCUUCUGAAAACAGGUGCUUAUAAUCCUCCUGCUCACAUACAUUUUUUGAUGGUCUACAAGACUGAGCAAUAUUAAGUCAGCAAGUCAGGUGGGAGCAGUGUUGCCAGGUUUUGCUAGAGAAAUAAGCAACCUGGUCUAAUCAAAAACAAGCCUAAAAUUAGAGACCUGGGUCCCGUUCUUCGUUCGUCCUAACUCAGUUAGCUGAAUUUGAUUGUUGAUGAUUUGGCAUGAUCUUGGAUUGGUUGGUUCUUUGAAAAUCAUCCUGGAGUUGCUGUCAUAGCAACAGGUCUGUAAACUUAAACCUGCUCGGAGCAGGCUUAUUUCAUGUAAACAGGAUUAGAUUGCAUCUUUUUAAGCAGAACUGAUACUUCAAAUCUGUCCGCUACCACUGCUGCUUUAUUAGUAGAGCAUUCUACUGAUACAGGGAUAAUAAUUAAAAAUAAUAAUCAUUUAAAAAUUAAUUUAAAGAAGAUAUAAUAAUGUUGUGUAGACUUUAAUACCAUAGACACAGUUUUACUGAAAGAUUUAUUCACCAUAAAAUAAUUACUUCAUAAUUGUAUUAGAGUCUUACACACAGAUAAUGAGUCAUGCAUUCAUUUGAGUGAUGACAGAUAUUAUCGGAGUGGCUUGAGCACAGGAGAUGCAGAUAACAUGAUCUUGCCCCCUUUAGAUCCUUAAGACCCUUAUGCUGUCACAUAACAAAUCUGUUUAAACAUAAAAUUUUAUUUGAAAUAUGAAUUGCUAAUUACUACAUUGAAAUAAAAUUUUUAAGUCUGUACAAAUAUUAGAAGUCGUGAAUAAAAA